GCGCUUUGUACCCACUCACCACCAUGUCCAACGACGCCCCCGCCCCAGAGAUCCAAAUCAACGUUAAAGGUCCGAGCGAGCUGAAGCUCCAGAUCUCGAUAACGACAGACAAGUCGGUGUUGGAGCUCAAACAGGCCAUCGCUGAGAAAUCGGAUGUGGGUGCUGAUAGACAAAGAUUGAUUUAUUCCGGACGAGUGCUCAAAGACGAAGACCCGUUAUCGACGUACAAAAUUCAAUCCUCGCACACCAUCCACAUGGUCAAAGGCAUCGCUCGCUCCAGUGGUGGCGCUUCCAACUCUUCCUCUCCCACCUCCAACUCGACGCCACAGCCCUUGCCAACGAUGCAAACGGGGCAAAACCCACACGACCCACUUACACAGCUGAACAGCCAUAUGGGGUUCGGUGCGAUGGCGGGGCUGAAUCCGUUUGGUGACAUGGGGUUGAAUCCGAAUGACCCGAAUAUGAUGCAAACGAUCAUGAACUCACCCGAGUUCCUCCAGCAAAUGUCUACGAUGUUGCAGAAUCCGGCCAUAGUCGAUCAAGUUAUCGCCAUGAACCCAAAUAUGGCGGGGAUGGGCGCUCAUGUGAGGGAGACGUUGCAGAGUGAGCAGUUUAGGAAUAUGAUAUCAAACCCCGAACAACUCCAACAAAUGAUGCGCAUGGCUCAGAUGUUCAACGGUGCCGGAAUGGGUGGAGGCAUGGGCAUGUUCGGCGCUCCUUCAGCACCUUUCCCCGCGCCUGGUACCCCCAAUGCCAGCUCGACGACACCGAGCACUACAACGUCCAACACUACAUCCCCGACGACGACAACGUCCCCAGCUGCCAAUCCGUUUGGGAUGUUCGGCGGAGCAGGGGGAGCAGGUGGGAAUCCCUUCGCUGCCGACCCCGCUUUGAUGCAGCAACUCCUGAGCGGUGGUGGGUUUGGGGGCGGCGCUGGUGGAUUUGGUGGUGGGUACGGUGCGGGUGGGUUUGGGGGUGGUGGUGCCCCUGCCGUACCGACGGAUACGCGGCCGCCUGAGGAGAGAUUCCAAGUUCAGCUGCAGCAACUUCAGGAUAUGGGGUUCACGAAUGCGGCGCAGAAUGUAAGGGCGUUGCUUGCGACUGGGGGGCGUGUGGAUUCUGCGAUUGAGUAUAUCCUUGGUGGGGGUGGGUUGUAGACUUGUUCUUGGUGCUAGGGUGGGCAGAGCAGACGAGCGGACAGAUGAAUACGCUGUUAUAUUGAUAGUAUGGUGUGCAGCUCUGAACGCAAAUGAACUUGUUUUCUUGUAAGAUUUUGUAGGUACUAAUUGUACGUAUACAUUAUGGCCAAUAACUCUGAUCGACGCUUCUCAC